AACCCACUUCAAUUGCUCCAAGCCCCAAUUUUGCGAGGGUUCUCUUUGUCCAAGUCGCCGGCGGCCGACGUUCUACUUCACUCUCCGUAUCUUUCUGCUGCAAAUUUCUUCAUAUUCUGUUUCUCCGACGGAAUAAAAUUAUGGCAUUAAGAGGUGUUUGGCAGCUAAGGAAACUGGUAGUCAGCUAUUGCAAUUGGGGUGGAAGUAGCAGGGGAAUAAGGGCAUUCAUGGAGUCUGAAUUGCCAGCAUUCAAGGAGAAAAAUCCACAUCUUGAGGUGGUCACUGAACUCAAUCGUGGUCAGCAUCCUUUCUUGAAGGGAUUAUACAAGAACAAGAAUGAGCGUGUUGUAUGUGUGAAAAACUUGAGUCAAGAUGAAGUACUUGAAGCAGCGAUCAAGCUAAGGAAUUCGCUUGGCAGAAAGGUUGUGAAGCUGAAGACUCGACAUGUCACGAAACAACCAAGCGUUCAAGGUACAUGGUCAACAGCAUUGGAGUUAUAAGCACCAAAGGAAAAAGUUAUAUGCAGGUGAUUUCUGUCUUCCUAGGUUUUAUCAUAUGGAUCUGUAAGUCGGUAGGUGUAGUCCUUUUGGACAAACACGAUAUGAAUUAUGCGGUCGACGCGUAUGAGAAGGUAGACUUUUUCAAUCGGUAAUGCACUCGACAAUGUAAUAAUUUACUCGUGGUGAUAGUUUUGAAGGGGAUGCUAUGUUUAAGAUGUUAUUGAUGGAAUGGAAUGCAUUUGUUUGUUAUGACCA